AAAUCAUUAAAUAAAAUUUAUACAAUCUAUCAGCGGUAAAACUGAAAUCGUGUUUCUAGAUUCCUUCUUUUCCCCGACCAGCAUAUCGUGCAUCCCGAUCAGAAAAAAAAAGAUAACUUUCUCGCGUUCCUUCCGAUUUCUAAGUCAGGCGAAUGAAAAAUAUAUUAAAAAAGUAAAAGUAGGCCAUACAUUUUUGUCCAUCCUUUCGGCCUUCAUUUUAAUGUGACAACUCUAUAUUUAUAGUUAUUUUCGUAGAGCUCUAACAUUGUUUUACUACUAAGUAACUGAUUUGUUGAGGGAAAAGUAGGUUUUUCAGACAAAAAACAGACUCGAAACGUGCAUUCAUAAUCCACUUUUAAAAAGCAAAGUACAGCUUUAUAGUUUGGUUUUCUGAGAAUAGUGCUGUUAUUGCAUAAACAUGGCUACUCGAGAAGUAUUCGAAGUAUGGGAUUACCUUGUAGUAGCAACUAUGCUUCUAAUAUCGGGUGCUAUUGGUGUGUACUUCAGAUUUUCUGGUGGCAAACAAAGGACUACAGGUGAAUACUUAAUGGCCGGUAGAAAUAUGGGACUAGUACCGGUCAUAAUUUCCUUAAUGGCCACCGUGCAAACUGCCGUUGGUACUCUAGGAUUUCCUGGUGAAAUUUACCUCUAUGGAGCACAGCUCUAUCUUUACCCUUUGGGAUUCACUGUUGCAUUGAUACUAGUUACUUUCGUCCAUACGCCAGUGUUUUUUGGGAUCAAAAUCACCAGUGCAUAUGAGUACUUAGAAAGAAGAUUUGGAAAAACCACUCGAACUAUUAUAUCUGGCUUAUUUAUAAUCCAAAUGGUAUUAUUUAUGUCUGUUGGUCUCUAUUCACCUUCAAUUGCUCUCAGUGCCGUUAGUGGAUUGUCACAUUUUAUAUCCAUUUUGUUAGUUGGUAUUGUGUGUGCCUUUUAUUGUACUUUGGGUGGAAUGAAAGCUGUUUUGUGGACUGAUGUAUUUCAAUCUAUACUGAUGUUCUUUGCUUUAUUGUCAGUUAUUAUCAAAGGAUCUAUCGAUGUUGGGGGAUUUCAGGAGAUGUUGAACAUUGCUGGAAAAGGUGGACGAUUGAACUUUUUCAACACAACCUUUGACCCAACUUUGAGAUUUACAGUAUGGAGUGCCUUGAUUGGAGGUUUUAUGUAUGGUUUAACUACAUGUGGUGCUAAUCAAACCCAAGUGCAACGGCUGUUGUGUGUUAGCUCCCUGAAAAGAUCGCAGUUGGCACUUGUUAUCAGCAUUCCAAUGAAUUUACUAAUGUAUUACACAAUUUAUACAUGUGGGUUGGUGAUCUAUGCAAACUUCGCUGGAUGUGAUCCUUUAUUAAGAAGUGACGUCACUGGAAUUUCUUCGGCUGAUCAACUCUUUCCAUACUACAUGAUUCGAUCUUUCAGCAUUUAUCCGGGAAUGGCAGGAUUUUGUGUGUCUGGCAUUUUCUGUGCAGCCUUAACAUCUAUAUCAUCCGCAGUCAAUUCUCUUGCAGCUGUAACCUUUGAAGAUUUUGUGAAACCAUUUUGUAAAUGUAAUUCUUUGGUUACGGAAAAGUCAUCCGCAAGGAUAUCAAAAUUUUUUGCCUUAUUCUAUAGUGCCCUGUGCAUUGCUAUGACCUACAUUGUUGGAAACAUUAAGGCUAUUAUUCCGGCGGCUUUUGUAGUAUUCACAGCUAUUGGAGGUCCAACUUUGUCAAUAAUAACUCUAGGCAUGAUAUCGACAACUGCUAAUGAAAAGGGGAUAAUUGUUGGACUUUUGUCUGGAAUAGCUCUCAAUGCUUGGAUUGGUACAGGGUCAAUUGUUUCAGACUAUCCUCAAAUUAAACUACCUCAAAGCAUUGACAUGUGUCCAGCAAAUACGACAAAUCUAUUUUUUGAAACUGUUACCGCUAUAAGUAGCACGAAUGUGACGUUACUGGAUGAUUUGGACACAACCUCAUCAGUUGUAACUGAUGGAAUCACUGUUCUUAAAGAAGAAAUCUUUCCACUUUUUAAAUUGAGCUUUCUUCUUCAUCCAGUACCCGGUACAAUUUUGACAUUCAUCGUUGGCUAUAUUGUGAGCUUCAUAACAGGUGGAGACAAAAACGUAGAUGAAGAUUUAAUCUGCCCUUUUCUAAGAAAUUAUCUUAGCAGAAAUACUAUCAAAUCAAGUAUGAAACUAGACUCAGCAGUGUCGGUGCCAAAUAAAGCAUUGAAUUUAGAAGAACAAAAUGGUUUUGCGAAUCAUGCCAAUGGUAAAAAUGAGAAAAAUGGGAAAAUAAAUGACAACAUACUUGAAGAAAGCAAACUUUGAGAGAUAGAACAGCUCCCUUUAUUUUGUGUUAGGACAAAUGAUAUUUUUAUACCAAUUUAGUAUUUUUCCUUGCAUUAUACAUUUGAAUCUAAUAUCAUCUUCAUAAUUUGUUAAUAUUAUACACUGCCUCAAUUUCACAACAAAAAGUAUAUUUUUGUUAUAUUUAUUUCAUUGUAUAUCUCAUAAUUUUAUACGAUACCAUUUCUGUAAUUAACAUUUAAUAUUCUCUACGUUUUACAUUCUUUAUCUUUGUUAAAAUAUUUAAAGAAAAUACUUAUAUCUGAAACUAAUAUCUAAAGAUGCAAGAAUCUUUAGACUUUUAUUGCUUUAAUUUAUUUUAAAGCUAUUUCUUAGGUAUUUAUACAUUGUUUUCUGUUUAUUUAUCUCCAUUUGGGAAUAAAUCUAUAAAUUGCAUUAUAUAUCGAUCAUCUUAGUCUUGUAACCUUUAACUGAAAUAAUUCUAAGACGACCAUCUUGUAUUUAAACUACUAUUUGUUAAACAUAUAUUUUUUUUAAUAUUUACAAACUAUAUGCAAUAAAAUUAUUUUUGAAAUGCUUAA